AUGAAAUACGGUGACUAUAUGACGAUAUUAUGUUUUCUGUGGGUAAUACAACAGUCAGGUGCGUUACUCGACUGUUGCUAUGUCACAAGUACAGAAACAGAGAAUAGUGUCACGUGUUCAGGAUGUCAUCUUCGGUAUGUACCUAAAGAUCUGCCUAUUAAUACAACUAUGUUAAGUCUGCAAAACAACUUCUUGACAAGUCUACACCAGGACUCCUUUCCAAUUUUGCCUUUCCUGCAUACAUUGAAUCUACAGUCAAACCGACUGGUAGGAAUUUCAUCUGGUGCUUUCGACAACGUAUGGAAUAUUGAAAACCUUGAUCUUUCAGACAACAAAAUUAAUCAUUUCUCAAUUUCUCCGAAAAGUAUUGAAUCUCUGCAUAAACUGAAAUCAUUAGAUAUUAAGAGCAAUUACUUUCAUAUAAAGAAAAUGUAUCCCGAGGACCUUUUAUCGACCAUUUCACACCUUGAAAUUCUUUCUAUGGAUAUUUUUGAUGGGUUUGCCUUCGGAGAUGGCUUUUUAAACCUACGUUGUCUACAAAAGCUAUCGCUGUCAUUUAUUGGGAUAGAAAGUGUGUCCUUAUUAAAUGCGUCAUUUCAAGGCUUAAAUCAAUCAAACAUAACAGAAUUGUCUAUAAGAGCAUAUAUCAGGAAGAUUGAGAAAAACGCCCUAUCGCCUUUUAGAGGACUUUCAACAUUAAAAUUACACGAAAGCAAUUACACCAUGACAAUACAGGAUGCCCUUCAGGGACUCUACGGGUUGCGACACACAGUCAUGAAUUCCCUGACAAUGGUUGGAUUCCGACGGAUGUUUACUAAAGGUGUGAGUCUUGAGAAAACAGAUACACUUUACCUUCGAUCUAUAUGUGUGAAAAGACUAUAUCUUACCCAUAAUGCUAUACUAACUAUCAGCACCGAGGCUGUAACAACAUGGAGUAGUAAGACAUGCAUUGAGGUGUUAGAUCUUUCAUAUAAUCGGGUCUAUUAUCCACACAUUCUACCUCUUAUGGUGCUUUUCUCGUCGUUAACUCAUGUACACUUUGAAUAUACACAGAUUGUCUCUGUUGGGAAACGCAGCAUUUCAACUGGAUUGAAAAAGAUCAUUUUUCUACCAAAGAACUUGAUUUACUUUAACAUGACGCACAGUGGAAUUUCAGGAUCUUUAAUCAAUUUAACGAUUGCAGAUAACAAUCUCAAAGUGUUGGAUAUAAGUUAUUCAAAUGGACACCCUUCUUGUUCUUAUUCAAUAAUCAAAGGCCUUGUAAAUUUGAAAGAUUUGAACAUGUCCGGUAUCGAUUGUUCAAAUCCGAACCCUAAAAUGUUUUCUGAAUUUCCGAAGAUAUCACGACUCACAGCAAGUCAGUGUAAUCUAGGUAUGUUCCUUGCUACACCGGCGACUUCAUUAUUCAAGGGACUGUAUAAUCUUUCUGUCAUCGAUGUUUCGUCAAACAAUAUCGUUAGCAUAAACGUCGACCUUUUCGCAGAUCAAGUGGAAUCUCUUAAGUCGUUAAGUCUUGCUGGAAAUCACAUGGACCACAUUCCUUUACAAAUGCUGGAAAAUGUUACUGCGAUAGAGAGAAUAGAUCUGAGUAACAAUUUCAUUACGACACUAAGCGAUACAGAAUAUUUUUUCCUAGAAAAAUUGAAAUCAAAAUCAGAAGACUUCACUAUUUUGUUGUUGGGGAAUCCUCUUGUGUGUAGCUGUGACAAUUUGAACUUCAUUUCGUGGAUAGAAUCAACAAAGGUUAUAUACAAAAAGGAAGAACUUACAUGUUUUACUACAGGAGGCAGCCAAAUGAAGAUUGGAAAAUUCUUAAAAUCUUUUGACCAAUUCCAGGAUAGUUGUGUAUCUAAAUUGUGGUUAAUAAUCACCUUGACCCUUAUAAUGGUUUUCUUCUUAUUCGGUAUACUUACCCGAGAGGUAUGGAAGCGGAGUGUGCGCUUACGAGUAUUUUGUCGUCAACCACUAGAACAUAUAACAUACGCAAAUGAUAUUUUCAUAUCUUACUGUGACGAAGAUUCCAGUUGGGUUGCAAAAACAUUCAUCCCGUGGUUAGAAGAGAAUGAAAUCGAAUAUUGUUGCGAAGAUAAGAAUUUUGCACCUGGUCGAGACAAAGCUGAUAACAUUAUGGACGCCAUAGAUAAUUCACGGCAAACUGUAUUUGUCGUUAGUUUUACUUUUUUGGAACGUGAAUGGUCAACAUUUACGCUGAAAUUGACCAGUGUUUAUUCAUUUCGCGACGGAAGGGAGAAUAUGAACAUAAUUAUUCUGUUAAGUGAUAUAGAAAGAAGCGAAUUUCCAAAACUUGUACGGAAAAAAUGGGAUAUGAUUCGUCCGUUACGUUGGCCAAUAACAGGUAACACAAUAAAUGUGGAAAAAGAUAUCGCUGCUAAGAAACUGUUUUGGGAAAAAAUGCUGAAACGUAUUCGUCGUGGGAAAUACCAUUUUGGAUUAGUAUCAAAGGCGGAGUCUAACUUUUGA